CGCCACCUGCUUUAUUGGCUGAUGGGCGGAAUGUUGUCUCUGCUAACGCAAAAACUGCUAAUACUAAAUCUUACUCUCUUAAUGCUAAAUCAAGUGCUUUGCAAAAAACAACUGAUAAUAAUCUCAGUGAAGCUAAACAUCAACAACAUCAAAUAUCUUUGGGCUCUUUGUACAACAUAAUAAUCUCUCUUCGUGCUGAUAAUGCCCAGAUGCUCAAAUCGAUAACUGCUUUGCGUGAAGAAAACAGCAAACUUGUGUUGAAAGCUGAUAAUAUGCACUCUGAUCUGCUUUCCAUGCAGAAUUCUCUGCACAAAAAAGAUGAUACAAUUGAUUUGCUCAGGGCUGAGUUGAAUAAACUGCGAUCUUGUGUAAAUACCGUUGUCCAGAGGCUUAGUAGUGGUAAUCUAUCAAAAAACGUAGUUGGUGCUGCUAAUUACGCUCUCUUGCCUACUUUGCCGAUUUCUUCUACUGGCUGCCCUGCUGGCAGUACGGUGUCUCAAUCUGCUGUCUCUUCGCCUGUUUCUCUUUGUGAUGCUACGCAGUCAUAUCUCACCUAUAGUGCCGCAGUCGCUAACACAAACAGUGUCAAGCUGCCUGUUGCUCUUUCUGCUUAUGACGCUACUCGAUCAGCUGUUACUCUUAGUGGUGCUGCGCCCGCAACCUCGGCUUUAUCAUCGCCUUCAUCUCUUUCAUCGGCCACCCUGAUAUCUGUGGAUGUAAACAACGACACUAACACCAACAAAGCUAAGCUGCCUGUUGCCUCUCCCACAACUUUAAGUGACGCUAUGCUGUCCGCUGCUCCCACACUUUUGGCUCUAUCUUCGCCUUCGUCUCAUUUGUCGCCCACCCAGCUGGCGGUUGAUGCUAAUGUAAACAACGUCACUACAGCGGAAACUACUUCUUCUGGUACUAGUACUAAACCAUCCCCCACAGGUUGGAAGACUGUUGCUAAUAACAAGCGCUUGAAGCUGAAACAACCGCUACUUAUCGGAGCUAACAACAGUAAUGAAUUAAGUGUCAUCCCUAACCAGAA